UUUAACGUUCGCACCUUAGCAACAUAUGGACGGACAUAUAAGGAAACUGAUGUAUUAUCUUUAUAAAUAGACAAUAAAUCAUUAUGCAUUAAACUUUAUACCUUCAAUAGGAAGUGAUCAUUUAUAAUUGAGAGUGUUACAUCCUGAAAGUAUUAUCACAUUUUAACAGACAUAAAAAAUACGUUUUACAAAAAUAGUUCAGAUGAUGAUAUGAAGUAUGGGAAUUUGUUCAUCAAACAAGAAACCAUUGACUAUUCUUCUGCUAGGUUUAGAUGAAGCAGGAAAAACGACAUUGUCGUACAAGAUUCAAAAUAGAAAUAGUUUGACGAUACCAACUAUCGGAUUUAACAUUCACACAAUAAAUCCACUGAAGGGCGUUCACUUCAAUUUGCUCGAUGUUGGUGGUGGGGAAAAAGUAAAAGUAACAUGGAAGCAGUAUUACAGAGAUGCAGCGGGUAUUUUAUUUGUCGUUGACAGCAGUGAUAAAGAGAGACUACAGGAGGCGAAGGAAGCCCUACAUCAGUAUAUAGUGAACUGUGAGACAGCGGCAAAUAUUCCAAUAGGAAUCCUAGCUAAUAAACAGGAUGUUCAAAAUGCCCUAAAAAAAUCUGACAUAUCAUGUGAACUGGGUUUACAUCAGCUCACAAACAGAAAAUGGUUUUUACACGGUGUUAGUGCAAAAACAGGAGAUGGAUUACUUGAAAGCAUGAAAUUGAUGUCGGAUACAAUAAAAAAGCGAAAAUCGUCAAGAUAGUAUAGUAUGUGCGAUAUAUUACUAGAUACAGUAUGAUAGAACAAGGUCAAAGAUCAUUGGAUACUGACGACUAAUUCUUCGCUGGAAGCAACUUACAUGACAUUACAUUUUUGGUGUAUGAGAAUACAAUUAAUAGAGCCACUACUAUUUUCUAUUGAAGAUAACGUACUAAUUAAAUAGAAGAAUAUGGCUCGUCGAUGUUGUUCGAACCUAUUGUUAUUAUUUAUAGAUACCUCGCUGACUCUUCUGUAGAGUAAAAGGAAUGUAAUGUAUUUGUGUCCUAUUACAAUUAAGUGUUUUCUAAACUAUGACAGAAAUAAAUUUGUUUGUGUAAAAUUGAUAAGAAAGUGUGAUGUAUGAAUUUUCAUAGGAAAGCAUCAGGAACCUAUAUUUUUGGACUGUUUGGAAGACUAUGUCUAGGUUUUAAACAAGAUUUCGACCAAUAAGAUCUGAACAUUGAUAAGUGCGACUGCUGUCGCCUUUGUGGGCAGAUAUUUCUUGUUAAUAUCAUAGCUAAAUGCGCAUAAAGUAAAAAAUCAUAUGUAGUCGGCAUUUGUGCAGAACAGCACUUAUAAAGUUAUGAAAUAAUAUCAAUUCUGAAUCAAUUAGGCAUAUCUGACGUGAUUGCGAAAAUUAACCUUAUAUCGGAACAAUCCAUUGUCAAUUUUGUUUAACAAAAUUUUCAAAAACGAAAAGAAAUAAAAAGAAAAUUCUGAUGUGUCUGAUAUUCAAGAAAAACAGAUGUGCUACAUAGAACGAUGAUUAAAAAAUAGAAGUGUCGAUUUUUUUUUCGUUAUCUACGAAAUUUUACUAAAAUUAAAAUGUACUCCCUUAGGCAAAUAGAUAUAAGAAGAUGUGGUAUGAGUGCCAAUGAGACAACUCUCCAUCCAAGUCACAAUUUGUAAAAGUAAACCAUUAUAGGUCAAAGAACGGCCUUCAACACGGAGCCUUGGCUCACAUCGAACAGCAAGCUAUAAAGGGCCGACAUUUGUCUGUUUGGGCCCUAUGGUUUUUAUGUUCUCAAACACUUAAGAUUUUAGUUUUCCACACUUUUUGUUGUGUAAGUCAUAAAACAAAAUAUCCUGAAAACACCGAAAUUAGAAUCACAAGGUUUUUUGUUUUAUCUUGCUCUGUUUUGUUUUUUGUCUUUUUGUUGUUAUUUUAUUUUUUUAUUUGAAAAUGUAUCCAUAAAUAUAUAUACGUUAAGUAUAUUCAUGUAUACAUACUCAGUAUUAAUAUAUUCAAUGAAGUGGCUAAACACGCGAUUGUAUUGUGUGUUGUCCCUAUGAUUUGAAAAAAGGAAUAAAAUACAAAAACAUAAUAAUCGGUGACUGUUGUCAGUAUAGGUAUGGUUUGUAGGUAUAAACAAAACACAGAUUUUUAUAGUAGUGGGUCUCUGAUAAUAUAGGUACAAACGAAUCACAGAGUUGUAUAUUUUUUCCAUGUGGUGAACAUAUACGUUUUGCCCCCAAAAGUUUGUGAUAUACAAGCAAAACCCACAUUUAGUGUAUUUUGUCCAUAGGGUGUGUUGUUAGUCCUCAUGGCCUUUACAGGUGAUACAGAUAUUCCAUAUUUGUCAACUAAAUCACGAUAGCGUCCGUAAAAAAAUCGAAGGAACAACUUCAACUUUACCAUUUGGAACUCUUGGUCUAAUAGCUUGGUUGUAAUCAGUAACCCUCCAUCGACGAAGUCAUGAUAUUAAAGGAAACCCCUGGAAUAUUAUAUCAACUGCUAGAUAUAUACUCCAUUUUCAGGCACAGAAAUAGAAAGUUCACAGUGGGAAAAUUGAACUUAUCUUCUUUAUCAUAAAUUUUUGAUAUUGACCAUAAAAACAUAACACAGAGUUGGUAUAAUUUGUCCUGAUGGUUAGUAGGUACAAACACAACACGUAGUUUAUGUAUUUUGUUCUUGUUGGUUCAAGCUAGAUCAGAAGUUAUGUGAUAAGUGUGAUAUGGGUCUUAGAUAGGGACAAAAUUACCCAAACUUAGACAGUGUUCUAAGAACCGUCACCAUCGACCAACAUAGUGAACAAGAAUAUCACCAGAAUUCAUUGUUGAUUAAAUGUCAUGUAUGACUCAUGUUACUAUGAUACUAUUUCUAACAAUAUAUAUUUAAAAAUAAAACAUAGAAAAAUAUCCUAUGCUAGUUUAACGUAUGCUACUUUAACGUAGACAUCCUCAUUGUCUUUUAUACUUAAUGAAUUCUUAAUGAAUUCUUAACGAAUUUAUUUUUCUUUUCAAUUUGGUUCAUAUUGCAUGAAUUCCCUACCAAAGAAAGUUUACAAAAUUUGUCACAUCAGUAUCCAGCUACGUAACUAUCUAAUGUGAUUAAUUUUUGACCACAAAAGAUAUCAACACUGACAUUUUUAUUGGAUUGUUUGUACAGUCGUAAGACAGAAACGUCUUAUUAACAGGAUAUGUAUUUUAUAUGAUACAAUAUUUGUGUUAUUUUAUACUGUUUUAAACUAAAGGUUGUAAUAUGCUGUUAAUCAAUAUAAUUAAAGAAUGUUUUCCUUAAA